AAGCCUCUCCGCCGGGCGGAAGCGGUUGGUCGUGGCUGCCGAUGGCGGAGGGCGGCGCGAAGCCUGGGGACGAGGGCCGCGGCCCCGGCCCCGGGCCCGGGCUGGCCCUGGUCGAGGGCAGCGCCGGCCGCGCAGGCCGCGUCGGGGAGCCCGGGGACCUAGUGGCCCUGGCCCAGCAGGUGCAGCAGGCCAAUGACUUUAUCCGAGCAAAUGCCUGCAGCAAACUGACAGUCAUUGCUGAGCAGAUCCGGCACCUGCAGGAGCAGGCGCGGAAGGUCUUGGAUGAAGCUAACAGGGAUGCUGAUCUGAACCACGUGGCCUGCAACCUUGUGAAGAAGCCAGGAAAUGUUUACUACAUGUACAGGCGGGAGAGUGGGCAGCGGUAUUUCUCCAUCCUGUCUCCUAAGGAAUGGGGUACCACUCCCCAUGAAUUUCUUGGUGCCUAUAAGCUCCAGCAUGACAUGUCCUGGACUCCGUUUGAGGACAUAGAGAGACGAGAUGCUGAAAUAACUGUCCUGGAGAAGCUGCUGAGCCAGCCGGCAGCACUACCCCUGUGCAUGGAGCCCAACUUCCAGGGCGUGACCAAGUGACCACACAGGACCCCCUGAGCAGAGUCCCUGAGUGAGGGGACACAGUACCUGUAUGCUGCCAAAGGCAGGGUGAAAUAGACCAAGAAACAAAAAUACUGAUUGCUUUUGUGCUUUAAGGAGAUUAAUUCUACAUUCAGUCUUACUGGACUUUCUAGUAAUUGAAUAAUUUACUUCAUUGACCUAUGGCAAGCUGUAGCAAGAGGCAGAUGAUACCAGGAGGUGUGACUUCCAAGAGUGCUUGGAGCAAAAAGCAGAAAUGCUUGGGGCAGAUGUGCUAAUGUUGUAAAAUAAUAUCUCCUAUCUGCCUGGC